AUGGACAAAUACCUGGAUUCGGGGCCGUCGUCAUCGACCGCAGGCCAGGACAGAGUACCUAUCAGGCGGUCCGCUUCGAGCACCAAGAGUCGUCUGAACGCCCUGCUAGCGAAACCGAAGGCCAAGCCCGCGGAAGGUUUCGAUGUGUCCAUGAUCGGCGACCUAUCGGUCGGAAACGGGGCUGCUGCUGCUGCACCGGCCGCGAAAAGAGCGAGACGCUCAUCCCGUGGUAGCGGUGAUGGAGGAGCAGACGCUGCUGCUGUUGGCUCUCGAGCGGAGUGCUUGGACGUGACCGCGUCGCCGCAGAGGGGCGCGGCCAGCUCCGCGGCAUCCGGGAGCUCCAACGGCGGGUCGUCGUCAGGAGGCGUUUGUGAUGACUUCGGCGCUCGUUUCAGCGGAAGGAAGAAUAUCAACAACAGAAGCAGUAGUAGAGGUGGGUCAAGCACUGUGGGGGGCAGGGCGAACAGCUACAGCAGCGGGUGGCCCACGACGUCUACUGGCGGCAGUGGCAGCAGCGACGGUGGUGCGCGUAGCAGUAGUGGCAGCAAGAUGGGUCCAUGGGCGCGAAGGCCGGAGGAGGUAGCUCUGUGCGCCGAGGAGGGCUACGACCCGUUGGAGCUCAUGGACGACGCGAACCGAGAGAUUUUCGGGAACAACGGCUUUCGAGGGGUUCAGGAACGAGUGAUUCGGGCGACUCUCUGCGGUCGCGACUGCUUUGUCCUCAUGCCCACAGGGGGCGGGAAGUCUCUCUGUUACCAGCUGCCGGCAUGCCUCAGCAAGGGCGUCACGUUCGUCAUGUCCCCGCUGCUCUCUCUCAUCGAGGACCAGGUCACCCAGCUGCUCAAGGCUCCGUGCGGAGGCAUCCCGGCCGCCCACUUGACGAGCGCCACCCCCACGACUGCGAUCAAGCAGAUCUAUAAGGAUCUCGGCAGGGCGGACAGGGACCGGGAGCCGAGCGUCAAACUGCUGUACGUGACUCCGGAGCGGCUGGGCAACUCGGACUCCAUGCUUGACUUCAUGCACCGCCUGAACGACAAGGGUAUGCUAGCUCGCUUCGUGAUCGACGAAGCUCAUUGCGUGUCGUCUUGGGGGCACGACUUCAGGCCCGACUACUCCAAGCUUGGCUACUUCAAGAAAACCUUCCCGAACGUGCCCAUCAUCGCUCUCACCGCCACCGCGACCACGACGGUAAGACCUGUGAUGGAGGACGUCAUCAAGAGCUUGCGGCUGGUCAACCCGACCAAGUUCAUUCAGAGUUUCAACCGCACCAACCUUGUGUUCCGUGUGGAGGAGAAGCCCGACAAGAUCAACGACGCGAUGGAAUACGUCGCCGACUUCAUCAAGAAGCAGAACAGCAAGAACGGCGGACGGUGCGCAAUGGUGUUCCCGUUGUCGGUGAUGGAAACUUCGGCGUUGAGCGACUUUCUCCGGAAGAAGAAGAUCUCCGCGGACUACUACCACGCGGGUCAAGGAGCUGCUGAGAGGAAGAGCGUGCAGGGGUCGUGGCAACGGGGAGAAAUCAGCGUCGUCUGCGCCACGAUCGCCUACGGAAUGGGCAUCGACAAGCCGGACGUCAGAUACGUGGUGCACAUGUCGAUCGCCAAGAGCGUCGAGGGCUACUACCAAGAGGCGGGAAGGGCUGGGAGGGAUGGGCGAAGGGCGGAAUGCCUCAUGCUGUUCCGCGGGCCGGACGUGAGCAAGAUGAAGAACCUGGUGAUGGGUUUCGGCAAGCGACGCGCGAGAAGAACGAGCGCCGCCACGACUCGGCAGCUGGACAUGCUCGAGAGGAUGAAGGACUACUGCCUGGAGGAAGGCGUCUGCCGGAGGAAAUUCUUGGCGAGGUACUUCGGCGAGGAGUACAAGGCAUCCAUGUGCAACGGGAUGUGCGACCACUGCGCUAAGCGGGCGCCAUCGGUGCACCGCCGUACAUCGGACUGA